UGAGAAGUCUUUUUAAAGAGAAUGGCUACCCCAGUCGUCAGGGCAGAUGCACAAGAUGAUUUAGUUAUGGAAUUUGAGUGUGAGGAGGAUGGCAGUUGCGGGGAAAGCGGUGAAAAUGACAGUGUCAGUGGUAGUAGUGACAGUCCGGACAGUGGCAGCAGCAGUGAUACCGACAGCGAUGCAAGUGAUGCAGACGCCGGAGAACACGGGCGUAUCGUCGAGUAUGAGCCUUUACCUCGUGGUGAACCUGGGCAAAAUGUUGGCGAUGCUGGAAGGGCCAACAACGCAAAUCGGCUUCAUGAAAAUGUCGAGGAUUGGUGUACAUGUGGAAGAUGUCGUGUGCCUCCAUCUUUCAAUGAAGGUGAUUGUGUCUGUUGUCAGGAAAUUGCAGAGGUCAAGGCAGAGGCUGAUCGACAGGGUUCAAGUUGUCUGGUGGAUUCUGAGGAGUUUGAGCCGGCCAUCCUAAAUGCGACAACAUUGUACAUCGGAUGGAUGGAGUACACAGAUAGGUGGCGCCGAGCAGCCAAAGCAUUUGGGGACAGGAACAAUGAAAAAUACAGGUAUGUGGCCUACAGGAAAGUCGUGAGAUGGUGUUGGGGCUGGCUCGGGAAGGACAUCAGGGUGCAACUGCCAGCAUGUGUCCAUGCCUCAAUAAUGGAAGCGUAUCCUGAUGGACGUGGUCAGUACAAAGGGACCAUCCUGCGUCGGUUGAGAUGAGGAUGUAACAUCAACUAUUGUCUUGCGAACUUUGAAUGACUGUCAUCUUCUAUGUGAUUGUCAGCCAUCUUCUGUACGUUAUUUGUGAUCAUCGGCUUUCAUCUUCAUAUUCAUCACAAAUACUAUUGUUUGAACUUCUCAUGAUGGUAUGGUUGCUAUGAACUUUGAUCUCGACAUUUGAUUCUAAUUUCCAAGAGCUGAUAUUCGAACUUUUGCAAAACUGUGAUCAAGCAACGAUUUCUUAUGAGGAAGAAUGUUGAAAUCUAUAUAAACAAGCAACAAAAAAAACACACACAAAAAA